AUGACACCCCUGCUCAGAAGCCCCACCCUCCAGGGCUCUAGGCCCCGAUGUCGCUGCCUUCCUGUGCCACUGACUCUUGAUUCUAUGGACACAGCCCCAGCCCCUGUGGGCUCCAUUCAGCACUGCCGUUGCCAGCUGCCUAAGAUGGGUGAUACCUGGUCCCAGCUACCCUGGCCUGGGCCCCCCAACCCAGCCGUGUUCCUGGUCUCCCUCCUCUUAGCAGCUGGGGUGAUGCACUCAGACGCGGGCACCAGCUGCCCCGUCCUUUGCACAUGCCAUAACCAGGUGGUGGAUUGCAGCAGCCAACGGCUAUUCUCCGUGCCCCCAGACCUGCCAAUGGACAUGCGCAACCUCAGCCUGGCCCACAACCGCAUCGCCACUGUGCCGCCGGGCUACCUCACGUGCUACAUGGAGCUCAGGGUGUUGGAUUUACGCAACAACUCCUUGAUCGAGCUGCCCCCAGGCCUCUUCCUCCAUGCCAAGCGCUUGGCACACCUGGAUCUGAGCUACAACAACCUCAGCCACGUGCCAGCCGACAUGUUCCAGGAAGCCCAUGGCCUGGUGCACAUCGACCUGAGCCACAACCCGUGGUUGCGCAGGGUGCACCCGCAGGCCUUCCAGGGCCUGAUGCAGCUCCGAGACCUGGACCUCAGCUAUGGGGGUCUGGCCUUCCUCAGCCUCGAGGCUCUGGAAGGCUUGCCAGGGCUGGUGACCCUGCAGAUCAGCGGCAACCCCUGGGUGUGCGGCUGCACCAUGGAGCCCCUGCUGAAGUGGCUGCGAAACCGGAUCCAGCGCUGUACCUCAGAUUCUCAGCUGGCUGAGUGCCGGGGCCCCCCUGAAGUUGAGGGUGCCCCACUCUUCUCCCUCACUGAAGAGAGCUUCAAGGCUUGUCACCUGACCUUGACCCUGGAUGAUUAUCUCUUCAUUGCAUUCGUGGGCUUCGUAGUAUCCAUCGCAUCUGUGGCCACCAAUUUCCUCCUGGGCAUCACAGCCAACUGCUGCCACCGUUGGAGCAAAGCCAGUGAAGAGGAAGAGAUUUGA